CUUUAUCUGACGAGUCAUACAUUCGCGAUAAAAAGCAUUUUAUUGUAUUGAGGACUUCAAUGAAUGAGCACCAAGAAGAAAAAUGAAUUUAUAUAUUCCCGCAGUGUUGCUUUUAUUCUUCUGUUUCGGAAAUCCAGCUGAGGGUCUCCUUUGUGAAUGCUUAAGUUAUAUAAUUUCAGAAAAUGGGCUUUCGAAAGAAAACAAAAUUUCUUCCAUAGAGUACGACAUUGAAGAUUCUGUCUGUGAUGGAGAUGGAGUAAUGAAAUGCAAAAACUAUUGUAAUGACAUGUAUCAAGAACUAACAGAAAAUGGAAAUCUCUGUUCAAUUAUGCCAGGAGACUCAAAGAAAGUUGGAGACUGGAUGUGUGAAGCACUACAACAAAAUGUGUGCAAUGCAAGGGUUGGGGUUUUCAUUCAAAGCUGUGGUAGCGACCUGGUAGAUACUGGAUUUAGAUUUAUAGAUACUUUAUGCUGCAAAUCGAAAAAAAGUACAAACUGCAGAGUUGAAAACUGAUAUUGUUUAGAAAUUGAUAAAUAAUAUGAUGGACAUGGAAAAAAAAAUAAUAAAAUGAAGUCAUUAUGUAUUAUCUAA